UCAGUCUACAGGUUAGAACCUAGUCCUCCCCACAUGGCCAAGUGAAACAUCCCUUGCCUCGCCCCUAUAUAUACGCGCCCCCUGCUGUGUCCCUCAGCACACACCCUCCACACAGCACAAGUCAGAAGUGACAUAGCAACCUGGGGAGGGAGAAAGGGAGAGAGAUGAGAAGGAAGGCCAUGUUCACGGUGGGGAAGAGCAAGGGGGUGGUGGCAUCGCUGAUGCACAGGAGGCCCUUCCAGCACAUGGUGCUGAGGAGGCUCAGGGAGCUCAAGAAGAUAGUCCCUGACGCCCGGGACGCGGACGUCGACGUGCUGCUCAGGCAGACCGCCGAGUACAUCUGCAUCCUGGAGCUCAAGGUGGCCGCCCUGCGGAGGCUCUCCGCCAUCUACGGUGCGUGACGGAUGCCGCAUCUCUGUCUCAGUGCCGCAAUGCCCAUGGUUAGAGGUUUUGAGCCCCAGAAUGGAUGCAAUUGUACAUUAGUUGGGUAGGAAGAGCAU